GCCAAAAUUAAUUUGACAUAUCUGCGUUGACUUGCGCACAGACGUCCAUGUUUGAUAUUUGAAUCGAGUCGGUUAAGAAUAUUCGUUUUUUUCUUGAUUUUUUAUAUUGCUACCAUCUUUCUGUGACGCAAAAUUGCAGUAGCGUUUGCAUUUGUGCCCAGCAGGUGCAGUUUUACUAUUUUGUUGGAGAGUUUGGUGAUAGUUUCAAUAAGAUGGAAGCUCGAAGCCCUUUGAAGGAAAUUAAUCGACACAACCUGAAUGAAACAACAAAUACCAUGAAACCGAUGGAAUCUGUCAAAGAUGACAGAACGAUAAACGUGAAUUUGAUAAAAACCGAUCAGGAAAAUGGUGCUAGUGGGGCAAACGCAAACAAGAACCAGCAGCUUGACAGUUUAACAAAUCCCCUUAAGAUUGAUAUUGGUAACGAGACAAACUUGUCCCUUGUUGAAGAUGGCCUUUUAAGUGAUAGUGAUGAUUUCCAAUCAAUUUCUCCAAUAAAUAAAGAAGAUGAACUACUUUUAAAUACGCCGCUGAGAAAACUACCAAGUGCUGUUACAGAGGGUGUUUACUUAAGUCCGGCAGCUAUUAUUAGGGUAAAUUCAUUCAACCAUAAGAACAAUCCAACUAAUUUAGGCUUGGAGUUGGAACACAUAGAAAAAAAACUAGACAGAGAUAGUGUUCAAGAGAUAGAUAAUAAAUUAAUAAUUAUUCCAAAAACACCAUUGGGUAAAUUAGGAAGUGCAUCGGAUGAUAUAUAUUACACUCCUUCAGCAAAAAGUAGUGAAGGUUAUGAUUUAAACAGCACUGUGGUUAAAGAAACAGGUAAACCAGAAAAUGUAUCAAGCGAUGUAUUUUUUACUCCUGUAGCAGUUAAAGCGACAGAAAUCCUUGACAAAACAUUUGAGGUUCAAGAAUCAACAGAAAAUAUCGAAAAUUUUUCUACAACACCAACUAAUAACCAAGCUGAUUCUGGUUUAGAAUUAAGCCACAGUGAGGAACCUAACCUUAAUAAAACUGCCAAUAAACUAGAAAGUUUUUAUGUUAAUGAAAAACCAGAAAAAAGUGUUUUAAAUAUUACACAUGAGAAGCUUUUCAUAGAAGAGGCUAAAUCAUUAUUAAAUGUCACACAAGAAUAUAUCCCUCCAAUAACAUUAGAAAGUGCUACAGAUAAUAAGGAAGAAGCUAAACACAAUAUACUAGAACAUCUAGAAGUUAAGGAAGAGCCUAAAUCAGAAAAAAGUGUAUUAAAUACCUCACAAGAAAAGAUUUCUACAUCUCCAAUAACAUUGAGUACUGCAUCAGAAGAUAAAUCUGAAGAAUCCAACUUCAGCCAAACUCUGCCAAAAGAAGAGCCUAAAUUAGAGAACCUUAACCAAACAUUUGAAGCAGUAAAGAAGGAUUUACAUACCACACCAGAGAAGAUUGAAUGUACAUUAGCAAUAAACAGUGUAUUAAAUAUCACACAAGAAAAGAUUUCUGCAUCAGAAGAUACAUCUGAAUCUCAUAAAACCGACCAAACAGAAGAAGCUAACCUUAAUAAAACUUCCACUUUACUUCAAAGUGAAGUAAAUGAAGAGCCUAUUUUCGAAAAAAAUGCAUCAAAUACCAAACAAGAGAAGAUAUCUGUAUCUACAACAACAAUAGAAAGUGCUGCAUUAGAAGAUACAUCUGGAGAAGCAAACUUUAGCCAAAAUCUGUCAAAAGUUGACCUUAACCAAACAUUUGAAGCAGUAAAAGAGAAGAUUCCUCUAUCUACAACAACAAUAGGAAGUGCUGCAUCAGAAGAUAAAUCUGGAGAAGCUAACCUCAUCCAAACUCUGUCAAAGGAAGAGCCGAAAUUGGUAAAUAACACUUCAGAAAAAGUUGACCUUAAUCAAACAUUUGAAGCAGUAAAAAUUACUUCAAAUAUCACACAAGAGAAGAUUCCUGUAUCUACAACAACAAUAGAAAGUGCUGCAUCAGAAGAUACAUCUGGAGAAGCUAACUUUAGCAAAACUCUGUCAAAAGAAGAGCCAAAAGUUGAUCUUAACCAAACAUUUGAAGCAGUAAAAAUUACAUCAAAUAUCACACAAGAGAAGAUUCCUGUAUCUACAACAACAAUAGAAAGUGCUGCAUCAGAAGAUACAUCUGGAGAAGCUAACUUCAGCCAAACUCUGUCAAAAGAAGAGCCAAAAGUUGAUCUUAACCAAACAUUUGAAGAAGUAAAAAUUGCAUCAAAUAUCACACAAGAGAAGAUUCCUGUAUCUACAACAACAAUAGAAAGUGCUGCAUCAGAAGAUACAUCUGGAGAAGCUAACUUCAGCAAAACUCUGUCAAAAGAAAAGCCGAAAUUAGUAAAUAACACUUCAGAAAGAGUUAACCUUAACCAAACAUUUGAAGCAGUAAAGAAGGAUUUACAUACAUCAGUAAUAAACAGUAUUGUAUCUCCCCCCUUGCCAGGUAAUAAAAUAUACAGCGCAAUUCCAAAGACUGAGGAUAUAAACAAAGUAGACCCUAAAGAGCCCAAAUCAGAAGAUAUUGAAAUAGAAAACUUAAACCGAACUUUUGAAGCAGAAAAGGUGUUAAAACCAGAUUCAAAGGAAGUAACACCCACUGUAACAGACUCAUUGGAGUUUAAAAAUUCUGAGAAAAUCUUGACACAAGACACAGCUGACUCUUGUAAACACCACCAACUUGAAGUAAAAGACUUGAAAGAUAAAAAAGAAGAGGAUGUAACAUUACCUGCUGUUAAUUUGGUUGACUCAAAAAUUCAAAAAAUGGCUGAAUUAACUACAGAGCAACAAAGGGAAAUAGCUGACCUUAAAUUUCAGCUGCAGCAAGCUAGAGCUAGUUUAGAGUUAGAAAUUCGUCAAAAGGAAGAAAUCGUGAUAAAAACGCAAGCUGAAAGAAAUGACUUUAAAUCGGAGAUCAAGGAAUUGAAUGAGAUGCUGAAGGAAAAAUCUAAAAUCCUGGAAAAUAACCUUGAAAAUGGCGGUAGCAAAGACAAGGAACUGGAGGAACAAGUGAAAGAAGGCAAGGAAAAGGCUGCGCAAAUGGCACAUGAAUUGAAGAAAAGAGAAGCUCAACAUAUGAAAUUGAUGGAAGAAUAUGAAAAUAACUUUUCCACUAAAGUUUCUGAGCAAGAUAAACUACUUGAAGUGCAUCAAACUGCAAAGAUGCAUCUAGCAAAUUUAGAAUUUUCGUUUUCGGAUGUUCAUAAGAAAUAUGAAAGGCUUAAGGUGGUGCUUGAAGGAUAUAAGAGUAAUGAAACUUCAUUAAAAUUAACUGUUGCAAUGGCCCAAAACAACUUGAAAAAGGCUGAUGAAAGAUAUGAAUCUCUGAAACACUAUGCCAAGGCCCAAAUUGAUAAGAGUAAUAAGGAAAUUCAGCUACAAAAGAAACACUACGAAGAUAAACAAGUCCAGAUAAGCGCGAUAAACAAAAGGCUAGAAAUAAAGUGCAAGUCUUUGGAAUCCUCACUUGAACAAAAAACAAGUGAAUGUCAGCAGCUGGCUGCUCUAUGUGAUCAAUUGACAGGAAAAAACAUGUAGAUUUAGGUUAUUAAUCUUCUAAUUCUAUUAAAUUUUUUAACUAAAUUACACAUUUUUUUAUUUGUUACGUUAUAUUUUAAUUUAAGUACUUUGGGUUUUAUUCACAUUAACUAACCAAUAAAAAUUUUGUGGAACUUUUUUUUAAAUACAAUGUGAUUCUGUUUGUAAAUGUUAAGUUUCUGAGGUAUUAAAAGUAGUAUUUAUUAAAAUGUCCAUUAAUAACAGUUAUUUAUAUAUUUUUUAUUUACGUAUUUUUGAUAUAGGUAGUUGUAGAUAUAAUAAUGAUCUUUAAACUACAUAUAUAAAUGUGAUCAUAUGUUACAUGCUUUUACUUGUGUGUCAAAUAAAUUAUAUUUUGUAGUAUUUAGCAAAAUACAAACAUAGGCAAAUAGUUCAGUCUUUAAUUACUUAAAAACUAAACUGUUAUCAAAAAUUAUUUUUUAUGUGUAAUCUGUAAAUAUUAGCACAUAACCUAAACAUUAAACUAUUAUAACAA